AUGCUCGUCCCCACAACCCUCUGUGUGCUGCUCGCCGCGGUCGUACAGGCGGCAGAGACAGUCAACGUUUAUCUGUCUCCGGCACCGUAUGCUCUGCACUCGUUGCUGUCGCCAGAAGACGCCAGUGCUGCGCUCUCGCGUCAUCUUGGACUCGAGGUUUUCGAACCAUUGCGGGAUGCGUCGCAUCUCGGCCAGGAGGAAGACUUGUUUGUCGGAAAAGGUCCAAAGAAUGUGCUCCUUGUGACAGUGGAAGAGACUGAUGCCAAAGCUGUUUUGCCAUCUUUCUUGCAACCCGCAUUUACGCUGGAGACGCCUCCAUCAACGCCAAUCUUCUCCCUGCACUCCGUCAUUUCGAGUUAUCUCCACCGUGCAAGCCAUUCAUUCGCCUCCCUAUUCCCUUCCACACGGUUUGGGGAACUGAGCGAUGUCGAAGACCUUGCCUCAUUCUUCACCUCCGCUGAGGAGCCCUCUUUCGCCGCCUUAGAACUCUCGAAGCUCCACCAAACCCGCACAGAGCUUGGCGCAUCAAGCGACGAAUACGUCGAAGCCGCAACAGAACUUCGAGAAUUCCUGGAACAGCUUGCAGAAGACGAUCGGUUCAGCCUGGCCGUGCUAACCUACGCCUCGCCCUCGUCUGCUUCCUUGUACCGACGACAAGAUCCUCAACAGACGCAACAACCCCUUCCGUCCACAGCUCCGCCUCCUCAGGAGCCCAUCGGUGCUAUUUCAACCUGCUUCAAGACCGAAGACGAUUGCAACAACGGAACAACUUCUUGCUCAGGACGUGGGCAGUGCGUUGGAGCGACCAAGGCUGGACGAACAUGCUUCGUGUGCACUUGUGCACCCACGAAGACCGGCGAGGGCACAAAAGUCAAGACGGAAUACUGGGCCGGAGAGAGUUGCGAGCGAAAAGAUGUUAGCGGACCAUUUGUUCUUCUAACCGGCACCGUGAUCGUCAUUCUUCUGCUGAUAGCGGGUUCCAUUUCCCUGCUAUACAGCGUAGGAGACCAACCACUUCCGAGCACGCUCCUGGCCACAGCGGUGCACUCAAAGAACGACUAG